ACAUAUAGGCAGAUAGUAAUAAGAAAAGGUAGAUAGAUUCGUUGAUUAUUAUGACAUCUAGGGAGCUCGAGCGAAAAUAAACCUCUCCUCCCUUAUCCCUUCCGUCCAAGCUCCCCCGGCUGCAGGGAGGCGGUGCGCCCACUGUGAAAGCCAAUGUUGUUAACAUGCCACGUACUGGAUCAAUACAGGAUUGAUUUUUCGUGAUGGUUCCUUCCGAGUGUCGCUGUUAACCACUUUUGUUUGAAAUUUGAACAGACAUUGGUAUGUCCCAGGUUGCUUCCUUUCAUUUUCUUUUAAUAUCCUUUCUCCAAGGAGCCUCCACGUUUUUUAAUUGCGCCGUAACAAGCGUCAGGGAGGCAAGCCCGUGAAUGUGACAGCGGCGAGUCUAGUCGGGGUCCGUGAAUAGGACAUCGUCCUACGAGAACUGAACAACUCCGUUUUGGCUUCCUCUUUCGGCCAUGAAAACAUGAAUUUUUCAUUACUUUAAAAGCAAGUGAUUAAUUACAUUUCAACUGUUGAUGUGACCUCUUAAUAUAACGAUUACGCUUAGUUUUUAGUGUUUUUAGCAAAUAUGUAAAACUGUGUUUAAUUUCGUUACUGUUUUAACUGUUAAAUUGUGUGUUGUGUUCGGAAGCGAAUGUCAAGCGCAAGCCAUAGAAUUGUGCUUUUAAUUUGUGCAGUGUUUACAAAUAUUGUGAUAAUUACUGUGAAAUACAAAAUUUUAACCACAGAUCUCUGCCAGUAUGGAAUGCAAUGCAAUGCUCUUUAGUCAAUAAAGGAAGGAGAGAUGUCCACGACAGUGAACGCAUCUGCCGAUCAAAAUCGGAAUCUUCCUACCUACCAAGUGCCUAAUAGUAGGGACACAAUGAAUGCGGUAGAAACAUCUGCCGUUGCUGUGAGGAAUAAAAUCAAAUCACCGCACAGAGCGGAGAGUGAUGGAGGCAGAGCUGGCCUCUUUCACUUCCUCCCUUCGACUGUGAUAACCAGCUCAUUAACUUGUAGUGGAGAUCCGUCCUACACGCUACAGGGCUUGAAAGCAAAAGCUGUCGGUUCAACUGAUAGCGAUUGUUGCGAUGAAAAAAGAAUGAUGAGGCAAGAAGCCUUGACCCUAGGAUCGGUUGACAUUGGUGCUCAGGAUAAGUCUUCUACUACUAAUAAUUGUUCUACUAUUAAUGAUAAGCAUAGGAUUAAGUCCGUUGAUACUACUAGUUGUAAUGCUAAUAAUGUGACGACGAACAAUGCGGAAAACAUUCCUUCAAAUGAGUGGAUAGCAAUUUUAAAUACCACGACAAAGCCUUAUUCCUCAGGUGAUUUACUUCAGGGUAACUCUAAGCUAAAUCACCGCUUAACGAAUUCCCCGUUAAACUCCUUUCAAGACUGUGAUGUUAUUCGAGACUACCACUUGAGGUGGAACAUCCUGCCAACUUGUCGAUUGGUGGGUGGUGGGGAGAGUUCGCUUGCUUCAGCAACCUCCACCAACUCGGGCUGGGGAACGAACAACAACAACUCAGGAUCGAGCGCCCCACCAAGUGGAUGGAGUGCACCGACCAAUGCUGCUCAGCCACCACCAACAUCGACUGCUUCAGGACCUCCUGCCAACUGGAAUAGCAGCAACAGCAAUUCCCCCAACUCAUCCUCGCAAUCUCAGUCACAAAACCGUCAGCCACCGGCAAAUAAUGCUAGUCAAGGAACCAAUAAUCUGCAAAACAAUGCUUCUAAAGCAAACCCAGCGAUGAGUACCAGUAGCAACAAUCAGCGCCAGUCAACUAGCCAGCCACCUCCGGCCACUUCUCAAGCCAAUAGUACCACAUCUUGGGCACAGGCUGCUGGCAAGAACCUUCCCAACGCACCACCUACCACAACUCCUGCACCACCCAUGACUUCAACAGCAUCGACCACCAACAACAACUCGACGAAGCAACAGUUGGAGCAGCUCAACUCUAUGCGUGAAGCCCUCUUCAGUCAGGAUGGUUGGGGAGGACAACAUGUGAACCAAGACAGUGGUUGGGAUGUCUCCCCUUCACCAGAACCAGUUGCUAAAGAUCAAACCGGUGCAACAGUACCUGCAUGGAAGCCAAAUAUAAAUAAUGGAACUGAGCUUUGGGAAGCCAACUUGCGCAGUGGCGGUCAGCCUGCAGCUCCACCGCAACCCAAAACACCAUGGGGCCAUACUCCCACGACUAAUAUUGGUGGCACGUGGGGCGAAGAUGAUGAUGUCAGUAGCGAAGCGACCAAUGUCUGGACUGGAGUUCCUCCAAACAAUCAACCGCAAUGGACAGGCGGCCCCAACAAUCCCAUGUGGCCAGGUGGAGACAAAAAAGGUAGUGAGUGGGGUGGAAACAAUGCCGGUUGGCCGUAUGACCCCUCCCGCGGUCUUGCUCCAAAAGUUGAUCCAAGAGAUCAACAUCGUAUGGCUGUAGCUGAUCACAGAGGCAUUGGUGCUGAUGAUAGAAUUGGUUUGAUGAGAGGAGAUCCUCGUGGAAUAAGUGGGCGCCUGAAUGGAGCUGGUGGUGCUGAUCCUGCUAUGUGGGGUCCUGCUCCUCCGCCACAACAACCACCAGCCCCCCAUCAUCCCCCGCCUGGACCACCUCCUGGACCUGGUCAACCACCCAACAAAAUUUUACCACCAGCUCUAGCUGGUGUAAACCAUUGGACUGGUCCCAACUCUAAUGAUAUGAACAUGGCCGCUGGUGGAGGAAAACCCAAUGGCUGGGACGAACCCUCUCCACCUGCUCAAAGACGGAACAUGCCAAACAUGCCUGGUUAUGACGACGGUACAGCUCUAUGGGGAAAUCAAGGUAACAAUAAAGUCACUCAUUGGAAAGAAAUGCCAAAUCCUAAUAUGGCUCAUGGAAUGCCCGGCCCUGCCAUCCCUCAAAAUAGAAUGCCUGGAAAUGUUACCAACAUGAAGCCUGAUCCGUCUUCUUGGGGUCACCCGACUAGAAACGGAGGAUGGGGCGAUGGAUCUGCUAACCCUGGAAGUGGCCCAGACUCAAGCGUGCCUUGGGGUGAUGACAAAAUUGCGGGUAACUGGAACGAGCCACCGAUACCAUCUGGUUGGGCUGGUACGGCUCCGCCGAAGAAUGCACCCGGACCGUGGAUUGAUGGUGAUGUUGACCCAUCAAAUUGGGGCCAUCCUCCCAAGCAGGGUCCAAAGCCGUUGACUAAAGAUAUCAUUUGGUCUAGCAAGCAGUUCAGAAUUCUUGCUGAUAUGGGUUUCAAGAAAGAUGAUAUUGAAAACGCAUUGCGUGUCAGCAACAUGGUUCUGGAAGAUGCUCUAGAAAUGCUGAACCCAGCGCGAAAUGUGGGAGGUGCUAAUGCUCCUGAUCUCUGGCGUCCCGACGCUGCCGCUCCAUUUGACCCAACGCAAUUCCCUCCCUCUCAGCCUCGCUUUCCGCAGCAGAUGCCUUUCGCUCCUCCGACUGGUGUCGCUCCGUCGGUUCCCCCACCUCCCCAUCAGAAGUUGCUCUCUCAGCCACCGCCAUCCACAGCCGGUCAGCAACCACCACAUUUCAAUCAAUCUUCAAGAGGAGGGAACUCGAGCUAUCAACCGACUCCUCAGCAGCUUCGUGUUUUGGUUCAGCAAAUCACAAUGGCAGUUCAAGCUGGGUAUCUUAAUCAGCAGAUAUUGAAUCAGCCCUUGGCUCCUCAGACUCUUCUCCUUUUAAAUCAGUUACUUCAACAUAUCAAGUCGCUUCAACAACUUAUCCAGCAGAGAAAUCUACAUGCCAGCAGCAACCCUCUUGGGAAGAGCAACAACUCAGCAUUCAUGCACCUUACAGCUCAAAUCACCAAAACCAAGAAACAUAUCGCCGGGCUUCAGAACGACAUAGUAAUUCAGCAAGCGCAGUAUAUCAAAAACCAGAUACCAUCACAGCAGCAUCAGCAGCAACACCACCUUGCAUCAGGCAAUAAUCAGUCACAAGGUAAUGCAGGUGGUGGAGGUAGCAAUGAUUUCUUCAACAAGAAUCAAGCACAGGAUCUCUUGGCAGCUCUUCAAACCAAUUUCACAGACUUGAACAUUAAUAAAGAACCAUUGUCAAGUGGAGCAGGUUUCCAACACCAGCAAUCACGUUUGAAUCAAUGGAAGUUACCAUCUCUGGACAAGGAGGGUGAAGUCGGUGAAGACUUCAGCCGUGCCCCAGGAACCACCUCUAAAUCUGGAGGCUCUACGUCUCCCACACUAAAUCCUCUGCUGGGCCCAGACGGGCCUUGGUCAUCAAGUGUUUCGAAUGCAAACAGCACUGGUUGGCCCGAUUCUGAGAAAGACUGGCCUUCAUCACAGGCCAACUCCUCAUCUGCGUUUACUGACCUUGUGCCUGAGUUUGAGCCUGGAAAACCGUGGAAAGGCAGUGUAUUGAAAAGUAUUGAAGAUGACCCUAGCAUCACCCCUGGAUCAGUCGUACGAUCUCCCCUCAGCCUGGCCUCAAUCAAAGACUCAGAAAUAUUUAGCUCUAGUAAGACUUCGCCAAACAGCACCAACAACUCCGCCUCUGACAACUUACCUCUACCUCCGCUGUCUCUGUCGUCAUCAACUUGGAGCUUCAAUCCCUCUUCAACUGCACCUUCUUCUUUUACUGGACCUCUUGCCAAAUUGGGCACUACUGGUAAAACAACCAGUUGGGGAGAUGCUCAGCCACCAACUGUAGUUACAAGCGAACUGUGGGGCGCACCGAAAUCACGCGGUCCUCCCCCAGGUCUCUCCUCCAAGACUGGCUCUGCUCAAAACUCAGGUUCAAGUAGCAAUGGCUGGACUGCUGGCUCCAAUUGGAGUAGUGGCGCUCAUUCCGGCUCAUCCUCUCAGUGGCCAUCAUCUUCAUCAUGGCUUUUACUCCGAAAUUUGACUGCUCAGAUUCCAGGAAACGGGGAAAACGGUUCUAACGAAAGAUUUGAAUUACAGAUCGAUGGUUCAACAUUAAAAACGCUUUGUUGUCAACACGGUCCUCUGCAAAACUUCCAUUUGUACCUGAAACAUGGGAUUGCCCUUGCUAAAUACUCAACAAAAGAAGAGGCUGUGAAGGCUCAAGGUGCUUUGAACAAUUGCGUGUUAGGGAACACGACAAUAUUCGCAGAAUCUCCGGCCGAGUCAGAAGUGCAUUCAUUACUUCAACACCUCGGCCAGCAAGGAGGGUCCAACAGUGGCUGGAACCGUCCUACGGGGGGAGCCCCGAAACCUGCAGGUACAACUGAUACUUGGAGCUCGGGUUGGCCGUCAAACUCACCUUCAAGUAGCUUGUGGGGUGCUCCUCCUUUGGACGAGCAUCGCUCAACCCCAUCUUUGAAUUCUUUCUUACCUGGUGAUCUUUUGGGUGGUGAAUCAAUGUAAGCAGCCAAGUAUCUGCUGUGUUCAUAAGUUCAAUUCACUACAACAAAUUUUUCCAUAUCGUAAUCUUUACGUAGUCAUUAUUGAGACUAGAUUUUAAGGGUGUAUCCAUAAUCAUCCACGACACUUUAACUACUUCCCAAAGAAGAUUUCUCAUGUUGUUCAUUUCCUCUUUUUUUUCUCUUUUUUUUAUUUAUUUGAUUUUAAUCCAUUUUUAUCCCUUAUCCCCCCACUUUUAUUUUCAAUUUUUCUUUUGUUGAUGAUGUCCAUAUCCCUAAUUAAAUUUAGUCAUUUUUGUAUAGAGUUAUUUCAAUAAGAGUGUUAAUCAUGUUUUAAAACUUUCGAUUGUUGUUAUUUCAAGUAUCCCUUUUCAUAUUUUUCCAUGCGAUAGGUAAGAGCUUACUUUAAUAUUGAAUGCUGUAUAACCAUUAUAUUUACUGUAUCUCUCAUUACUUCAUUUACUAUUAGUUUGACUACAUAUUAUUAUUCUUGAGCAUUAUUUUUAAUUAGGAUAAAGGGAUCCUGAAAUGCAAUGUGCAUUAUGUCUCCAUGAUAGUGAUUUCUCAAUCAAUUUUGCUUUACCAGCCAAGAAUUUUUAUUUAGUAUUAUAGGGUACAAAUGUAUUGUGUUCUGCUAGUCGUCGCUACUAAAUUUAUCGGCACAAUUAUUUUAAUUUAAAAUUAAAGAAUGACUUUGGGAAAACAACAAAGAAUUCUUGGUUGGAAGUGAAUUAUUCAAGACAAAAUUUCUUUUAAUUUGUGCUCCAGUGAAAGAAAAAUAACUGUGAGUUUUCCUCAUAUAAGACAGACCGUGAGCAUCUGCUUCGGCUAACAAUUUUGAUUUUCAAUAUUUCUUUUGUUAUGAAAGUUUUCCUAAAAGUUUCUGUUACGUUUUAACUGUUAGUAUAUAAUUCAUUUUAAGCACAAUAUGAAAGAGACGCCUUGGUUAGUUUUCUUUUUUAAUUUUUUUUUUUUUUAAUAAAUAAUUAAUUUAAUCGAAUUUUAAUCCUAGCAGAGUAAAUUUAUGUUAAACAAGUGCAACGGCAUCAAAGUUAGUCGCAGAAGCGUUUUGAUUGAAACAGUAUGUUGCUGACUUAAGUUGUUUUUAAAAAAAUUUUAUGAAUGUAUUUUACUAACUUACCUGUACUGUCUCUUAAUGAAAUUCAGAAAAGUUAUUUUUAGCAUGUCUUAAUUUAUUUUUUUAUGUUACUUUUCUAUCUUAGCCUACUCUACUGUUGAUUUCAUUCGUGCCCAACAUGGUUGUUCUUAAUGUAGUUUCCUCCUCGAACGGACGCAGAAUUUUUUAAUUUUUCCUCCAAUUUUUUUAAAUGUUCAUUGGCGAGCAAAGUCGAAAUUUUUAAUUUUUUCCAAGUCACACGGCAGUUAUUUACAUAAAGAAUUAAAUUAAAACACUCAUCUCUCAGGUAUAUUUUUAACAAAUUUAUAGACUCAAUUUUCAAUUUUCAUGCUUUUCUUCAUUUAUUUCUUAUUUUUGGAGUAAAAUAACAAGUGGCCGUUGAAAAUCAGUUAGCUCCAGCCAUUUGAACCUAAGUACAUCUUGAACGUUGAAUCAUUUGAAUGACCUUGACUCCCUCCCUUACCACAGAUUUCAGCAGAAAAAAAAGAAAAAAAUAUUGCAUUUACAUAAAUUGUGGGUUUCCUCUCUUGACUAUUUUUCUUUUCUCGUUUCAGACCCUUCCUUAAUACUUGCAUUUGUUAAAUUCGAUUGAAUUAAAAAUUUAUUAUCAUGACACUUUGUUUGCUUAUGUUUUGUUCCCUUAAUAGGUUUUAACUUUUUUUUAAUGGUAGUAUUUUCUUUUCUGCGCAAAAAACAAAUGAAAAACUACACAGAUAGUGAGUUCAAUAACUGAUUAAUUUAGGGGUAAUUUUUAAGAUGAAGUAAGUAUCUUUGCUGUGUUUUUUUAAUUCUGGUCCAAAUAAUUAUACUAUGUACAUUAGUGGAUGAACUAAAAUUUUUAAUUUUGAUUUAGUGGGUAUUUUUUUAAAAGUGCUAAAACUCUGGAUCAUAAUAAAGAACUGUUUAACUCUUAUCUCAUAUGAAUAAUUAGGUUUUAAAAGUUUUAACUUAUGUUCGCAAACAAGAAAAAAGUAGGAGUAUCUGAACGUGCAGUAGCUAAUGAUAAUUGUAAAAAUGUUACGUUAUGAAUUAUAUUUCUUUUUUAAUUUUGUUAUUUAGGUGAUAGUUUUGUUUACAAUCCAUUUAACGUUUUCAUGAUUUGUUGUCUGUUUCUAAGCUAAACCUGUUUCGUACUCUAGUGCCGCUAUGCACAGUAGUCAUCGCCAAGGCGAAUGUGACACUGAUUAACUAGAAUAGAACGUUUAUGUUAUCUGUGAAACAAAUGCUCAAAUUACCUACGAGUAUCAUUGAACUAACCCUUAUUUAGACUUAACAACAAUCAAGUUUAGCCAAUCAAGAUUCUUUCUUGAUCUGAAACUCCAGUCCAGUGUCCUUGUCUCAUGUAUCUUCUCUUAUUUCUCAUUUUCUGGUUCUUCGUAUUGAAAUUUUACAAAGAAUCAAAACUCACUCCCGGGCUAUAGUUACUGUCUUGAGUUCCUCCAUGAAUUUAAAGCAAUCAUAACAUCUUUCACUUUCGAGUAGAAGUCUGUGCCCUGUGAAAGGAUGCGUUUAGGUGUAAAAUGUUUGUCGUCAAGCAGUUAAGGAACAGAUGAAGCAAAACUGUUAUCAGUGGAUCAACUGUGUAUUCUUAUUUCAUUACAUUUUUUUUGUUGCUGAAAUUCGGCUCUUCUUUGAUUCACACUGUGGUGAAGGGAUGGAGAAUUUAUACUCAGAAUCUUUGCAGCCGCUGUUCUCUUGCUGAAUCUCCGUAUUGCAGUUUUGACAGUGACUUGGCAACAGACAUCCCUUUUUUUCUUUCUCACAGAACUUAGCGGAAUACACAAGUUUCAUGAUGAUUCCUCGAUUAGCUCAUCUGUCAAUUUGUCUAUCUGCUGAAUGUAUGUCUUAUUUUUUGCAUUUAGUCAAUAUUCUUUUGAAUCUCUGCUCAGACUUUAAAUGGCUUACCUUUUUUCAAUCUUGUCAAGUAUUUUGUGGUGGAUUCCGUCCUUUGUCCUCAUUUUUCUCUGGAUUGUGGUUUGUUUUUACCAGCUAAUUUUUUGCUGUGGAUGUUUUGUUUUCUAUGUGACUUGAACAUACUGGGAACAUUUAUCCUAGUACUCAAUAGAACCAAUGUUUGUCUGUAUUAGCAUCAGUGCAUUUUUCAAAUGAUUGUGAUGAGUUUGUUGCAAUGAUCUUGUGUACAGUUUUAUUUGGGUGUUUUUUAAAUGUAGUUGAAAAUAUAACCCGUUGUAAAGUCUAGAAGACACAAUUCAAAAAGCAGCUUUAAAUGGUCUUUGCGGCUAAACUGAAUUUUAGAAUUGAAAUCAAUUAUUGUUCUGCAAUAGCAUUUUAAUGUUGCCUUGUGCAUUUUUAUUGUUAGUCCAUUAACUCUUUUUAUUUUUAUAACCCUCUAACUUUCUCUCUCUGACAAACAUUACUGCCCAGUUGAAUAAAUUUCUCAAGUUUAUUUAAGGAAGAAUCCUCCUUCGCAUUCUUUAUUAGAACCAGCACAACUUCAAGCUCAUGAGUACUGAUUUAAUGUGACACAUGUAUGUGGCGAACGUCCAGAAUGAAUCGCUAGGAGCAGUCUAACUCGUCUUGAACAUCUUGCAAUCUUUUCUCUCUAAACCGUAUUCCUUUGAUUUAAUUUAAGAUUUCUCUUAUUCUCGCGGUUUUUUUUAACCUCCCAAAAUUCUACAAUCGUGUAAAUAGCUCCUCUUGAAUUUUAAUGGAUCUCCCUAGGUUAUGUUCAGUCCUGGUGGCACUCCGUGAGGGUGAGAGCAUACUGUGAGUUGAAAAGAUGCUGCUGUUUGUUACGUAGAGUUCAAGAGUAACAUUUUUGGGAGUAGAUAGAAUAGUACUGUACAACAGCUGAUGAGUCUAGGGAGGAGUUAUCAGCCUAUCAUUUUCCAUCAUGAGAAAUCAGAAUUUUAACCUCAGUCAAAGGCUAGGAAUCCCAUCAUUGAAUUUUCAUAGAUUCAGACUAUUAACUUGUGCAUUUCUGGAAUUACUUAACUUUGGAAUAAAUAGGUAACCUGAAGAAAAUUUUCAUGAUCCUCAUACAGAGAUUCACAGAGUUUCUUUUCAAGCACUUGACCAUGCUGGAAAAUGGAAAUCUGAUUCUUAUAACUUGAGAUGUGUUGAGAAAUUUAAACACUAAGUGGUAGCUCAGUUUCCGUACUAAUUUGAAAAGUUGAUAAAAUUUAACACUACCAGGCCGUGCAUGAUUCCUUCUCUCUCUUUCACUUGUCCCUUUUUGAGAAUGAUAAGACGGAUACUUGAAAUUUGCCAAUUAUAAUACCAAAUAUUAAUUGUAAUUGUAUAAAUGUUUCUCCCCCUUUAGUGUUUAAAAUCCUCACGUAAUAUUAAUUUCUGUAUGUAUUAGGAAUAGUAGCAGAAAUUUCAGUGUAUUAAUCAAAAUUUUGCUUUCUGUUCUAUUGCCUCUCAUUAUUUGAGUGAAGGAAUCAUCAUUCGUCGGUGAUCUUCCAUCUCAAUACAUUUGUGCUCAAGAUCAAAAUGUUUGUCGAACACAUUAGCUUGAUGAUGUAGCCAAAACCCAACAGUAUCUCUUGAAGUAACUUAGCAGUGCUGGACAGUGAUAUUUUCUCACUGUCACAUAUUAACUAUCGCAUACAAGUUAGAAUGAUCUUUCGUGAUCGCAUACCUCUUGGUUAGAGCUUUUCGACAAGAUAUUGACUGAUGUUUAACUACUGUGAAUCUUCUCUAUUAACAGGUGAAGGCAUUAAUGAUGUUGGGAGGGAGAGUGAUUGAUGACUAGUUAAAUAGGAACCGUAGGAAUGAAUGUAUUAUGUUAAAGGAACAACUGUGCACCUUUUUCUCCUGCUUCGAGUUAUUUGUGGUUUGUACCUUGUUCAAAUAUUAUUGGUUGAGUGACAAGGCAUCUCAGAUGUUAGUCUAGCAACUCAUUUUGGAAGCACCUUCUCUGGACUUGCGAGAUCGCAUUGGCCUUCUUUUACCUUUUCUCUCCGUGAACGCAAAAUCAAAUCUGGGUAAUUUUUCUGCCAUAAGAGUAGCCCUCGAAAGCAGACAAUUGAUAUUUCUUGCAUGCGACUGCUCGGUCUGCUGUUGACCCCAUCUUGUGGGAUAAGAGUACCAGCAUUGGUUUGAUUCGAUUUAAACUGCUGUCUGAUUUACAGCUCGUUUUCUUACCAGAUACCCAACAAGUGUAAACUGUCAUUUAUCGUUUCUAUUUAUUGCAUAAGUAUUUCGGUAGAAAGCCGGGAUUGUAGUGCAUUUUAUUAAUUAUUAUUAUUUCUGGUCGUUGACUUCACCAAGAAAAUUGGUUCGCAGUUUUGUCCCUCCCCUUCUUCAAUUUAGUUUUAUUUGACAUUGACAGUGAAAGCUUAAGUUGCAUAAUAUAUGUUAGUUUAGUUUAUUCUUAAUGCUAGUUUAGGUUAAGUUUUUAGGCUGGUAGGUAAUUCAGGUUUAUGCUUUCUUAUUCUCAUUUCUUGCCCUCUUACCCAACUUUUCAUUCUCCCUCCUAAUUUAUAUUGAAUAUCUCGUGAGUUCGCAAUCAUGAUCCACCUCUGCAAGACCGCGCAAGGUGAAAUUAGCUUAUUUCGUCAAGUGUUGAGAUCUAGUCGUAGUCAUAUGCCCCUAAAUAUAAUGUAUCAAAUUCUAGUGCUUCAGAUUCUGAUUUGAUCGAGUUUCCUUUUUUAAUUCUCACAGAAUUCAGUAGAAUCUAUUUUGUGACGACAUCACCCAUAUUUCUUUCCUUAAUUUAUUAUUCACUUGACUCUGGUUACUUUAAACUAGUGACAACCUUUCAAGCCAAUGCUCUAUCUGGUCCUGGCUCUGCUCUCGCACUUAUUUUAUUUUCCUCUCUCUUUUCAAACCUCACUACAAAUCAAAAAUUUUGAUAAUCAAAAAAAUCGUCAUAUUGGCCACCUAAUUGAAACAGUUUAUGGCCAUUUUUUCUGAACAAUAAACUGAGAUUUUUUUUCUCUUUUUUUUCAUUUUAAUACAAUUAGUAGGCUCACAAAACAGCAGUCAAUGGAUUUCCCUGUGUAAUCCUCCCUUUGCUAAUACUUUCAGUUUAAGUGCUAAGAUAUGCUGUGGAGAAAAAUAGCGGACUAUAAACUAAAAAAAUCUCUGAAAAGCAAGAGCCCUCUAAUUUUAAUUUUUUAGUUUUAUUGUUUCUUAGGUAGUUACUUAUGCAAUAAAUACAUAAACGACUUUUUACAAUUGUUGGUAAGUGGCCAUCUUGAAACAAAAUUUGAAGUUUGUGCUGCCAUGCUGGUCUCUUUGUUUUACAGUGACAUGUUUCGAGGAAGUCAAAUAACAACCAGUGCUUGCCUGACUAAUUUGUCCUUGUUAAUUGGCUCUCCUCGCUAUUUCGUUUCAUCUUUUUGCUAUCACACGGAAUUUUGGCAAACUAGUCGCACCUCACCAUGCCUCAGGAGAGACGAACUUUCAUCCCUUGGGGUUAUUGUGCUGUAUCUAAACGUACAUGCAUGCUUAAGUAUUGUAGUCGAGCGAAAUGAUGGCUGAAGCAUAGUGGUAGCAAAUUCUGAUUAUUGCUUGAGAUCCGAAUUUAGCAAACAUCAUAGAGGUUAGAACAUUUCAGUUUCCUGAAAGUUUUGUUUGUCGUAAGGAAAUUUUAAAUAUACUCUUUUCUUCUUCGUAAAUUGAUAAGCAUUGACUUUUAAGGUGUAACUAACUUUAUACGCAUUUCAGGUCUCCAGUAGCAGCUUAUUCGCUGCUGUUACAACCGGUUAAAUUUUGUGUUUCCCUCGAAAGACUAGUUAGUAUUCAGAAUUAAUGAAGGUACCCGAUGGAAGUCUGAUAUGAGGAUGCCCUAACAUUCGGCAUUCUUUCUGUCAGUUCUCUCCACAAUUUUGUGAAAGUUGUUUACGAACUGUCAAAUUCAGUGAUCAAAUGACUCAGCAGCGUUUCUUUGUAGAUGUUUUCAGCGGAAGUUUCAGUUAGAGCACUUUGUGCAUUCCACACUUUGAAUUGUUACUUUGUUAAUUGUAUGUAAAUCUAGCUGUCAAGUCUUAUCAAAGUUCCUUUUAGUAGCCCCUGUUCUUAUUUAUUUUUGCUUUUAUUUUUUUCGUUCCCCUCUUCCUCCCAUACCUCAUUGACCUGAAAGUUUCUAACAAAUUGUUUCCACGUUUCUUAUUAUCUGAAAUGAUUACUUGAAUUUAUAAAUUAAUUCUCAUGAAUUAAUUGAAGGUCUUGUGAUGUAGAUUGACAACUCAUAAACGAAGUCUGAUAAAAUUACUUUUAUAAGGAAAAAGAUCUAGGUUUAGAAUUUUUUUUUCCUUCUCUCAUUUUUCGUCUUUGAAUUUCUUCUUCUAGUGUAAUUUGUCCUGUUUAUGAUAAUACAUACUUAAAUGUAAGAAAUUCCCAAAGAUUUAAUAAAUGGGUGUUAUUCCUAUGUUUUAUCUACCAGUGUGUGUUAGUUGAUACUGAUGAAUAAUUGUAUUAAAUUAUUGGUUAUUUAUUUCGUUAAAUAUAUGCAUAUAUAUAUUUAUUUUUUUCCUUAAAAUUUUUAUUUUUAUGCUGAACCCGAUACUUACUUUCAAAUCUGCUUCUCAAAAUCAAACUGAAGUAGCUAUGUUGUAAGUGACGAAUAUUACUAAUAAUCACUAAAGUGAAUUUACUCUUAAGUUUAGUGGUUAAUUGUUGUAAAUUUACAAAAGCUAAAAUCAACUGUUCAGUUUUCCUCUCUCCUUUUUUAAAUCAAGUGCAGUUCUCUAGAUUUCCUAUUUUCUAAUAUAUUUGUUUUUACAAGGGGGAAAAAUAAGCAUGUUACCACUCCGAUGUCCCGUGUUAUCGUUUUUAUAAUUUUGGUGCCUAAAAUUUUAAAAAUGUACUUGAUAAUUUCCAAUCAUGAUACUCAAACAAUGUAUGCAAAAAUAUUUGGGGUAAAUUUUUUUGUAGAGCGCAUGGUCAAUCACGUGCAGUUAGAAAACCUUUCCUCAAAUCCAACUGUUUCCUUUUUUCCAACAGGAGUCGUAACAGUGUUUCUUUUCUUUCUAUAGUUGCCUCAGUCUCUGCCCUGAUUAUUUCUUACACGGUAGCGUCUCAGCUCUCGCUUGAGCUUUCUCUGUGUUCACAUUUGAUUCAAGUGUUCUGUCAAAGAAUCUAGUGUAUCCAGACUUGAAACUCUCUCACUUUAUUCCUAAUCAGCCGACACAUUUCUCUGGGCUCAAGAGGGCUUCAAUUUAGUUGCACAUCAACGAAUGAGCUUUAAAAUACCUGAUAAUCAGUUUUUAUACAAAGGAAGGAACAAUUUCUAUAGCUUUAAAGAAAAACAAAAAAUUGUCCGUGCGCACUCUAUACUUCUCCAAUUCUGUAACCUAGCUGAAUACACACUAGUUCUUGCAGUUAUUCAACUGAUCUCGAAAAAUUCUUUCUUUCAGUUUGUCGAAAAUUGUGCGUUUUUGUAACUGGCACAAGCAAAGAACUGCUCUUGUACUUAUCAAAUCAAAGCUCAAUGCAUUGCUUUAGUGUAGUAAACAUUACCAUUUUCUUUAUGUCUCGUCAUAUCAGAUCACCCUUAUACCAAAAGAACGUAAGUAUCUUUCAGAUGAGUUCCAAUCUUUUUCCCUCGUAUCUUAAUAUUUUUUAUAUAUCCAUGCAAAGGAAACAGGAAUGAACAUUUGUGUGGAUUGGCACACAAAUGUGUGAUGUGUCUAUGUGCGCAUUUGUAUUUUAAAUUUCAUGUGUAUUAUAAUUAGCCCAUCCUCAGUAUUUUUGUGAUUUAUAAGUGCCACUUUUUUCAUUCUAUGAUUUAAAGGAAAAAAUUAUGUAUUAAUAUGUAUUAACAUUUUUUAUUUAGUUCUUAGCUCAUAAUUGAUAUAAAAGCAUAAAAUUUAACAAAAAAAUCAUUAAAUAAUCUAAAAAAAAAAAAAAAAAAAUUAAAAAAUUAAAAAAAAACAAAAAACAAAAAAAAUUAGCUAAUUUUUGUGUUUAAAGGACUUUCUUAUUUGUGAGGGGUUUUUAGCCCUGUCUUAUUAGGUUUAUGAUGGUUUAUAUCUAGGAUUAACUGUAGGAACUUUAUGUAUGUCUGUGUGUAUUAAUAAUUUCUUCUCUCUUUUUGAAUGCAAAUUUUAUUUUAAAUCACCUUUGCCUGUAAUUUUUGUAUCAAUAUUUUUGAACUAAUCCCUUGCCGUGGCAGUUGGCGAAGAAAGUAAAGUGUUGCUUUUUUAAGCUUGCUGUCAUGUAAGGCGUUACUUACAUCAGAGAAACCAAUUUGCUUGCCUCUCUUUCUGGAACACGGUUACCUUAAUUUAUUUCUUCCCUCUUUUUAAUGAACUUUAUUCUAAUUUUAAUUUAAUUUGCUUUUAAUGGUUCAUUCAUAACCUCUUGAAUUGCUAGUAAUUAGUCCUUAUCAAUUCUAGUCUUAAUAAUAAACAUUCCAACAUUUGUUUUCAUCUUACUCCCUUUUAAGUAUCUAAAUUGUUUUUCUGUUGAAAUGUUAUGAACAGGUACAAGCGCCAAUACUUCUAAACUACUUUUGAGAUUAAUAACAUAGAAUGAAAUACAGCUGAAGGGAAGGAAGUAAACGUGCAGUUUGAAUGUCCUUUCUCUCCCUCCGACCCCAUCAUCAUCCCUCCCUUCCCUUCUGCAAUCCCCAGUAUAGGAAAGCUUACAGUAGUUGAAGUAUUCGCAUAUUUGUUAAGAGAUGAUAAAAUUUCAAGUACAAAUUUCUGUUAGUUUGGUGCGUUCUAUAGUUCGUGUUAAUUCUGUUGAAUCUUAUAAUGUAUCCUGUGAGACAAAGAUAGAAGAACUCAAAUGACGUUUUCGUUGCUCAAAAAUAAUUGUUUUUCAUUCUCAUGAUGAAAGUAAGGGAAAGGUUUUAUUUUUGCUUCGAUAGAAAUUUGUCUUCUUUUUUGGUGAUAACAAGACUUGAGUGUCCUUUCUUUGACUAGUUAGUAAUCAUGCUCUGUUGCCAGAUAAGGGUUUUGAUAUGCUCCUCGCUGAUCCUUCUUCAAUUUUGAAAGAACCCAUGCUAAAGACCCUCAAUCAAUUAGAUGACACAUCGUGCUUACCGCUCGGUCUCUAUCAGUGAUGAGCAUCCGUCGCUUUACAGCCAUUGCUCUGGCAGCUUUGCAUUGCGUUUUUUCUACGCAUUAGGAAAACUUUGUCUUAGUACAAUUACUCAUGUAGAUCAUUUUGCAUUUGUUAAUUUUAUUUAUUUUAAGUUUAAAUUAGUCAUUAAUUUAUCUUCUUCUCGUUCACUACAUUCUCUCUUCUCACUCAACGUUAGAUUCAUUCAGCGCUGUGGCUUAUUUGUGUUCAAAAUCAUACCAAUGUUUGCCGUAUGCUCUAUUUCCCUCAAAUUAGAGUGUGUACACUCUCAAGUUUAUAUUAUCUGAACGGUUUUUUAGUCAUCUUUUCCCUCAGAACCGUAAGAAGCUUUUGCUUCAGUUUCUCUUCUAUAUUCUGUAACCCCUAAUUACCUUUUAAUUCGGUUGACAAUCUUAAAUUACUCUUCAUCACUUUUCCAAAGGUUCUACUUCCAAAUCUGGCAAAAUUUGUCCCUCUAACAAAGCGAGCUUUCCAUGCUUAAAGGUCGCUCGUCAGCCCUCAGAGAUUCAUCACAUUCUUCAACAUGUCUCCACCGCAGAGAGAACUUCAUCAUGAAGUUAUUAUAUUGAUCUAUCAUCAAAUUUCGCCCUCCAACUAAAGUUCUUUUCCUCCUCUUUUUCUUUUCCGCAAGAGAAUUUAUUCUUGAGCUAAACAUCUUGGAAUUUAAUUUUUGUGUCAUCGUUCUCUAAGUCAUGUAGUUCUGUCUUGCAAUGUGAAAGGGGAGCUUGUAUCUUUUUUUUCUUUUUUUUUUUUCGAUAUUUUGACUUGACAGUUUUCCCCUCACUGAAAAGUAUCUAAAGCAAGUGAACUUAAAACCAGUUCCUUUCGUACAAAUCGCUUUCAAAGCGACCAUCAACACCAUAUACCCAUAGGUAUUAUGUAGUUUGAUAAUUGGCUGUGUAUUAAGAAAUGUUUAUUUUAACUUACCAAGGUAAAUGUUAGAGUAGUUCGAUUCUCCAGUUGAUCAAAUUAAGUGUAACUUAGUCUAAUUUAUGUAUGUCAAUGAAUGGAAGAUUUCAAACUACAUCCUUUUUUCUCUCGAAAUCAAGUUGUAAAGCACCAAAGGUGCAGAGAUGGCACUAUAAGUCUAGAGACUCUCCUAAAACUUACAUCAUUCUGCUGUUCCUGUACAUUCCCAUGCUGGUUGUCGUUAUCUUUAUCCUCAUCUACGAAAAUUAUGAUUUACUUUCCAUAUACCUGCUGUGGCCUACGUCCGAAGGACUAAUUAAGACCAAGUUCCAACAAUUAUCACUCGGACAAUGGGAUAAUUUUUCCUAAAUCGUUUCACCCCCAUCUCUUUCAGAAGAAGUAAAAGGAAUUAGUAACCCUAAUCCUGAAAUUGUGUUGCUUCACUCUGAUUGGUCGAACAGUACUAAGUGAUACUGUUCAAGGACAUCCAAACAUAGUAUCGGAGGAAUGAGUUAUCCUCAAUCGAAAGACAUCUUUGUUUUGAGUACUGAAGACACAUUGUUGCCCAACACUGCUCUUACUUUAUUCAAUUUCACUCCAAGUUUUCUAUUUGACAUAGGUUUGUCUUUUUUCUGAAAUUAUAUAUUUCUACAGUUGGAUCAGUAGAUGAUUAUUGCCAGAAGCUUAUUUUGAAUACCAUGAAGUUGUCCACUCUUCAUCAUAAGACUUUUAACCCUACAGUCUAGUAAGGUACCAGGAGAACCAGUCUGAGCAGCUCUUUGAGUUUGCUCUGAUUUGAUGUUGGAAUUACUUUUGUGUCAAACAUUAGACUUUCUAGUUCAUUAGUUUGAGAUUUUUCAUUUGAAUUUGUGAGAGGUAGGUCUUCUUCAAUACUUGACCAGAACACUACAGUCCAGCUUAAUGCAUCACAACAUAAUGACUUAUUUUCCGAUUUGGUCUCUGCUACUUAAACCCGAUCAACUUCUACAUGACGGUAAUGCACUAAACUGUUCAAGGAGUCAGAAAUCAAUUCAGAUUAGAAAGGUAUCUUGUGACCUAGAAAAUCUGGAAAAUUCAAAAAUCUGGAAAUCGAGAGGAAACCUUGAGUGGAUAAGAAUGAAAUCUCAGUCAUUAUCCCUUCAAUUUCUUCUUUGCUAGGAAAUGGUGUGUCAGAAGCAAGACUUGGAAUUAGAAGCAAGACUUGGCACUUACAGCAGUUUUGGAGCUGGAGCAACAAAUCUACCCAAAUUUUCUGUGAAAAUGGUAUUGCCAUUUGUUACCGAUUUUGAGAGCUUUGUAUUGAGCUAUUUAGUCACGAGGUUUUCCUCAUUGCCUUAGUUUUUCGUGCCAAAAUAUUAAAUUUAACCCCAUUUCUUUAACCGUUUAUGUGGUAUUGUCUCUAAUUGGUCAUGCUUCUAUUGAAUAUCUUGUCAUUAAUUGCUUUCUUCUUUUUUUUUUUCAAACGGGUCAACCCACAGAUUUUGUUCAUUUGAUACUUUCUAUCUACUUCUCUACUAUCAAAGUUGCUGUCUAACAGAGCCCAUUGUUGUCAAGUUUGUUUCUAUCAGCUCAAUCAGAUUUUCCGGUGUAAACUGGAUGUAAAUUUAGUUUGUUGGCAGAUUUUCAAUGAUCAACCGCUGCUUUGCUCUCAAGUAAUGGUUAAUAUUUGCGAUGUGCAGUAUCAGAGCCGUGAAUUAAUUUAGGAUGAAGGGUAAUUUCUUGUUAAAAUUAGGUAUUUGGAGAACUUUUGAUCCUGUGUCAAGUAUUAGCUCAAUUUUAUGUGCAUAACUUUUCAGACUUGUCAAUUACCUUUUUUUGCAAUCACCUAUUUUCUGUAGAUGUAAAAUGAUUUUGACUUUUGAGUCCUUCCUUCAAAUCAUACAAUUGACAAAAACCUUUUUUAGAUCCUCAGUUUAUUUUCAAUUUUAAGAUUAUACUCAAGUUUUUGAGUUAAAUAUUAAAUUUUUCUUCAGGCAAAUGUGUCCUUACAAUCCUAGUGAUAUUUAUUUUUGGUUAUAAAUUUUCUCCUCUGCAUCCUUUAGUGCACCAUCUUUGUUUCCUUGCAUUGUUGACCAUUAAGUUCUGAGGAAAUACACUUUUCUGGUCUAUAAGACUAAUGGUAAAAAAGACUGACAGCUAUUUAAAAAUUGCUACAAAUCUUUUUUUUUUUUUUUUUUUUUUUUUUUUUUUUAACAUCCCAUUGAGGAACUAAGCAUGUUUUUAUACAUUCAGGUGAAGCUUUUCUCUAAGAGUGCACCAUCUUUUUCACAAUGUCCGUAGUCACUAUUACAAUAAAUGCUGACCAACGAAGAUUGUAUUUUUGUAGUUUUUGGUUCCAUAUCGGCAUCAAAGGUCCCUUUCAAGUAAGGCGAAUUAAGGUUUUGAUCAAAGGCUUGCCAGACCUUGCUGUAUUAGAGCUAUGCGGAAAUGAUCAAGUCCUAGCCAGUUGUGCAAGUAAAUUGGUUUCUCUAUUUUUGCUUUUUUUCAAUCUCUAUUUAUUUAAUGUUGAAUAAAUUUUUAAAGGUGUCGGGAUUCACUGAUGAAACAGCCAUAUCAUAAACAAUAAUAAUUGUUAUCAAUUUAUUCAUGUCUAGGUGAAAGUUUAUGUUCGCUUCAAUCUAUAUUGUCCCCUUCCUUCAUCUCUCUCUCUCUCCAUCAUAUAGCUCAUAAAAACUCUUAACUUGUAGGUAGUUGUGUGUAGAUUUAGGUUUAGGAUAAUAAUUAGGUAUUUUAAGCUAUGUAAUUGUUAAUUAACUAAAUAAUGGCUUUCUCAUAGUAACUUUUUUGGUAUAUUGUGCUUUUAUAUUGCCCUUGAAUGUUUGUUUUUUUAUUAUUUAAUAUAUUCAAUAUUAUUUAUUAUUAUUACAUUUUUAGUUUAAUUUUUUCACAUAUUACUUCCUGCAGUACCAUGGAUAAUUUACCAUUUAUUGGUUUUGUAAUUCGGAGGAGUUGGAUUCUUGCUGUGUUAAAAGCUACUUUUUUAGCCCCUCUGCCAGAAUUUGUUUUUGUAGUUCUUGAAUUUUGUGAAAUUUUCUUGUAAAGUGUGUAAGACGAUUUUCUGGAGAAAAGAUAUUCUUGUCAGCUGUCAUUAGCUCACUACAUGAAAAUUUGCGCUUGAUAUUACCAGCCAUGUGUUUUGAAUAGUGAUGUUUUUUUUAUUAUUUCAUUUGAAGCACUGCCAAGAUACUUAGAUUUGCAUCCCUUUCUCUUCACAUUGUUGAGUACUCACUAUCAUGAGUCGUCCACUUUCGUCCCAUGCCUGUCGGCCCUUGUGCCUGGUCCGCCAGAGACCCAUAAACAAAA